AUGCAAUGCGCCCUUGGGACGGCGGUACUAGGGUUGAAUGAGACCAACGUCGACUACUUCGAGCAUGACGACUUCGUGGUAUCCCCCGGACACCAACCUGUCGAGUUGAAUGGCAAAUCGGCCGAGUCCGAGCACCCCCUCCACAUGGCGGUGCUGCAAGGCUCCCGAAAGAUUGUUCAUCUGCUCCUGAAGCAUGGAGCCAACUGCAACGCCAAGGAUGGCCGGGGUCUAACGCCCCUGAUCCAUGCCAUCAUCAAGGAACAAGAAGACAUUGUGGAUAUGCUGCUCUCCCAUGGUGCUCAGAUUCAAUUGGUCGACAAUCACUUCCAACGGUCUCCAGUUCACUGGACAGUGCUGAAGCGUCAAGACCGCCUCUUGAAGGUCGUGAUGAAGCAUUGUCAGCAAAAUGUGGACAUUAUCAACGCUUACGAUAUCGAAGGGAAGACGCCGUUACAUAUCGCUAUAAACCUAGGAUGGGAUGCGGCAGUGGAGAUGCUGCUGGACGCCGGAGCCGACGUAAGCGCACCAACCAAGCCUUUGGGGGACGGUAAUUAG